AAUGGAUAGUUGCAGUGAAUCAGUGUUUCACUGAAUAGUGAAUACAGUACUCAAUGACAACAACAAUAAAGAGAUUGAGUGCAGUGUUGUGUAUGCCUUACAGUCCGUACAGUAAUAUAGCCUUGAAUUGUAUGAAUCGCACAAUAAUUCAGUGAUUAAUCCAUUGAAUGAUUUACUCAUUUCAGUAUUGGUUAAGAUUUGCUGUUUUGGUCGCAUUUCAUAGCUAUAGUACUCAACCAAUGAAUCACUAAUUACUGUGUUUGGUGUCAAUCCAUGCAAACAAACACUGACUCCAAGUCUAAGACCAGCCACAAGAACAAGAACAGUGACAAUAAGGCCAACAAACGGCGAGACCAUAACAAGCCUCUCAAGCCAUCACUCAGUGUCCGUCCGACACAACACCCGUGUGGGGAACGGCUCGCCUGCAAGGGUCCCGAUCCUGAGGCCCACUAUAUAUGUCGUGAUUGUAAGACAUAUCAGUGCCGUCUCUGCGAAGAGCUGUUACACGAAAGUCGCGGAUUAGAG